AUGAGACAUUUCUUCGAUUGGCCAAAUUGCAAUGAAAGCAACCAGGCCCCAGGUAAUAUAGGUCACGUUCUUGAUCACAUGAUCAAGAAACCGACAAAUCGAGACCGGCUUUGCGGUGAUCGAAUUGUUGGGUUUAUAGCCAUCGGUUUUUAA